AAUGAUUGUGGUUUUUCUUUUUGUAGAAUUUUAUCAUCCGUCAUAUGGAAUUUAAAAGGGGUUGUAAACAAAUAAUAAGAAUAACUCAUACGCACACAUAAAAGAAAAUAAAAACAAAAACAAAAAAACACACAUACGUUAUGCUGGUCAUCAGCUGUAUUACUCAAUAGAAAAAUCGAAAACCGUUAGUUUAACAUUAGCCAGCGAACGAGCGAGUAUUACAAACGAAAAAAUAAACAGAAAAAAAUAAAUUAAAAUUGUUUCUACGUAUAAGAAAAUUCAAAUUAAAGCCUAAAAAUUAAUAAAUAAUUACAUUACUUACAAUAAAAUAAAUAUUUACAGUGUCAUCAUACAUCAUGUGUUAUUAACAGAAUAAACAAAUAUCUACAAAUUUCAACAAAAAGUAUUUUUUGAAUUCUACAGAAUUUAAAGCAAAAUAAAAUUUAUUUAAAAAACAAAAACAACUCGCCAUUUCAAUAUGCAUAUUUCUUAUAAAUUUGGAUUAUUUUUAAUAUUUAUUUUAAGCAUAAGUUUUUAUCAUACCAGAGCUGCCCCCGUUACAAAUGAAACCUCCACCUAUGAUGACGAAUAUCGUGAUAAUUAUGAUGAUGAUUAUUACGAUGAAACAGAAGACACAAAGAGCAAAGCAUCAGAUGAAGUAAAAACUACACCCAGUAGCUUAUUACCAACAUCCACCAAAUCAUCCUCAUUCAUAUUUAAUUUAUUUGACAUACCACAGCGCAGCAAUCAUGUGGUAGAGCCCACUUGUCCUCAGGCCUGCCUUUGUUUAGAAGAUUACAAAUACAUACAAUGCUCUAAUGCUGGCCUCAAGCAUAUACCACGCGAUAUACCCACUACAGCGGUAAUCAUAGAUUUAAGUCAUAAUGAAAUAACAGAAAUUAAGAAAACCGAUUUUGCACAUCGUACAAAAUUGCAAGAAAUCAAUUUAAAUUAUAAUGACAUAGAAAAAUUGGAACAGGAGGUCUUUGUGGAUUUACCUCAUCUACAGCGUUUGAAAUUAUCUAAUAAUCGUUUAACUGACAUACAUCCCGAUACAUUUGCGGGUGCCUCCGAUUUAAGUUCAUUGGAUUUAAGUAAUAAUUCCAUAGUUUUAAACGAUCAGGUGUCAUUCCUAAAUCAACCUUCAUUGCUGGAAUUAAAUUGUCGAAAUUGUUCUUGGCAGGAGUUGUAUGAUGAGAGUUUUCAGAAUAUCUCAAGUUUAACGGCUUUGAGGAUAGAUUUGAAUAAUUUUAAUAAGAAAAUCAAUACCAGAGCAUUUGUGCCGCUGAAAAACUUGAUAAAACUUCGUCUGCCCGAAUUGGAUGCCAACAGCACGGAGGAGCUAUGCAAUCUAUUGAAAUUUAUCGAUAAUAUUGGUUUCAAACAUUUCGAUGUCAGCUGCUAUGAACUGGUAUUGGGCGCAACAUACAAUGAAAGUUUAAUACUGGCCACAGAUCCGCCAUUUAAAAAGACCAAAUUAGAGUUGGAAAUAGAGGAAGAGUUAAAAAAGAAAACUAAAGCAAAGACCGCAACAGAACUGGUAACGUCAGCGACAAACGAUAAUAAACAAGAUAAAACUAAACAAGCAAAAAAACACGAUACUUCCACCAUGUCUUCUAAUAUGACUUUGUCUGCAGAUUCAAACAAUAGCACGGAGGUAUUGCAAGCGGGUGUGGUGCCCGAUGACACAGAAAAAUCCUAUCAAGUGCCCAUAUCACAAGAAGCUAUUAACUUUAUGUUAAUAGGUCUCAUGGUUAUUUCUGUUAUUGGCAUUAUCAUAGGCAUCAUUUGCCGCAAAGAUGUGGGAGGCAUUAAAACAAAAUGCUGUCGCACUAAAAAAUCUUUAGAUGAAAAGAACACUGAAGCUGGUUCUCCGGGCGAGGAGAUACCUUUGAAUAAGUUAACUUAGUUUAGUUAAGUUAAUUAAUUUUACUUUAAAAAUGCCACAAAAAUCACCACAAAUUUUCCAUACAAUACUGUAAAUAUUUAUUCCGAACAAAAAUAUACACAAAAUAAACAAAAAUUUUAUUAGUAUACAAGAGCAAAUAUCUUGCCAAAUAUUGUUUGUAGUAAUUAAAGCAUUCAUUAUUAAUUCCAAUUUGCUAAACAACAAAAAAAUAUAAAAUUCUUUUAUUUAUAUUUUUAAUUAUAAGUUAAUUGUAAUAUUUUAAUAGCUUUUAUAAAACCAACCCCUGAAGAAAAUUAGCAUUUAAGUAAUAAAAUUUUGUGUAAGCUUUGUA